UUAUUAUUAUCAACCUUCUCUCUUUCUCUAUCUCCCUUUCAUGGCCGCCAAACUCCAUCCUCUCUUUCUCUCUCUAAAAACCCUUCAAUCUCUUUUCAUGGCGUCUCUCUCUUUCCCCUGAUCUGCAUUUUUUCUCUCUCCUCUUCUCGUCGUUUUUCUGGGUUUUUUCCCGUCACUUUUAGAAAAUGGUGGGAAGCAAAUGGCGGAAGGCUAAAUUAGCGUUGGGUUGCGUCCAACUCCCUCGUACCCUUGAUGACGAGAAUAACAGCAAUUCAUCUUCUUCCGCCGCCGUACUCGCCUCCGUUAACGGCGGUCAUCGCCGGCAAUUCUCCGACGCCGUUGUUUCUCUCUCCUCUUCCACCGCCUCCGUUGCUGCCGAUUGCCGCCCUUCUUCUCCUAUCACUCCUACUCCUUCCUCUUCCGGGCUCCGCUUCUCUCGCAGCUCCUCCAAAUCUUCGAAAUCUUCUAAGAAGACCUGUGCAAUAUGCUUGAGCACUGUGAUCCCAGGCCAGGGCCAUGCUAUUUUUACCGCUGAGUGCUCACACUCAUUUCACUUUAACUGCAUCACAUCUAAUGUGAAGCAUGGCAAUCACAUUUGCCCAAUCUGCAGAGCAAAGUGGACAGAAAUUCCUUCCCAAGGUCAGACUUCGGAAGCUCUCCAUGGAAAGCUGAGAGCUAACUCAAUCAAUGGGAACAGAGACUAUCCAAUGGUAGCUGCUCUGCAGCAGCUUCCCCUUCCUCAACCAGAUUUUAAUCAGAACAUCUCCCCCUCGUACCGGGUUGCUGAACCUGCUAUGUUUGAUGACGAUGACCUCAUAGAUGAACAACAUACAUUUAGGGAACAAUUUGCUCAUAGUGCUUCUGAUGAAAGCUCUAUGAGAAGGGUAGCGAUAAAGACAUGUCCUGAAGUUUCUUCCGUUGCUAAGUUAGCAUCUUAUGAUAAUUUCUCAGUUCUGAUACACCUGAAGGCUCCUGUUGCCGAAAUAAGCUAUUAUGGUGCCAGCUCGCCAUCUCAUAAUUCUCGUGCUCCAGUUGAUCUGGUUACUGUACUGGAUGUGAGCGGCAGCAUGGCAGGUACCAAGCUUGCAUUACUUAAACGUGCUAUGGGAUUUGUGAUACAUCACCUUGGUCCUCAUGAUAGGCUCUCAGUUAUAGUAUUUUCCUCUUCAGCCCGCCGUCUUUUUCCCCUUAAAAGGAUGACUGACAAUGGUAGAAAUCAGGCUCUCCAAGCAGUUAAUUCCCUUUCUUCUAAUGGUGGAACUAAUAUUGCUGAAGGUCUCAAGAAGGGUGCUAAGGUUAUGUUAGAGCGGAAGUGUAAAAACCCGGUUAGCAGUAUGAUCCUUUUAUCUGAUGGGCAGGAUACAUAUACAGUCAAUGCUCCUGCUGGUGCACAAUCUAGGACAGACUACAAGUCGCUCCUUCCAAAUUUUAUCCAACAGAAUUCAGGAACUAGCUUUCAGAUACCAGUGCAUACGUUUGGGUUUGGUUCAGAUCAUGAUUCUGUUUCAAUGCAUUCCAUCUCCGAGGGUUCUGGAGGCACAUUCUCCUUUAUAGAGACUGAGUGUGUGAUUCAAGAUGCUUUUGCCCAGUGCAUGGGAGGUUUGCUGAGUGUGGUUGUACAAGAGCUAGAAUUGAAACUUAACUGUGUAUACCCUAAUUUGAAGCUUGGGUCAAUCAAAGCUGGAAGCUACCACACUCGACUGUUGGAUGGUGCAAGAACAGGUUACAUAAAUGUUGGAGAUUUGUAUGCUGAAGAAGAAAGGGAUUUUCUUGUGACUAUGAAUAUUCCUCAGGCAUCUGUAAGUGAGAUGCCACUGCUGAAAGUUAGUUGCACUUAUAAGGACCCAAUCACAAAAGAGGUGACACAUUUAGAUGAAGUUGAAGGUGUCAAGAUCAAUAGGCCAGAGAGAGCAGAGCAUGUAGAGGUUUCCAUGGAGGUGGAUAAGCAGCGUAACAGGCUUAAAGCAGCAGAUGCUAUGUCAGAGGCUAGAUCUGCUGCUGAAAAUAGUGAUUUGGCGGGUGCAGUGUCUAUCCUUGAGAGCUGUCGGCAAACAUUGUCAGACAGUGUAUCAGCAAAAGACCCCUUGUGUGUGGGACUUCUAAAUGAACUAAAGGAGAUGAAGGAGAGGAUGUCUACCCGCCAGGUGUACGAGGCAUCUGGAAGGGCAUAUGUUUUGUCUGGACUGAGUUCACAUUCGUGGCAAAGGGCUACUGUAAGAGUCGAUUCCACAAGCAGCACCAAUCUUUCUCAAGCUUACCAAACCUCAUUCAUGGCUGAUAUGAUCUCUCGCUCCCAGACAAUGGUGAUUCCUAACAUGCCGCCUUCUCCUCCUGUGAGGCCUCCUCGAUCACUCUCUGGCCGUCCAAGUCCUAGGUAAUUUGCAAUCUUAGUAAAAUUUUGAGAUUGCUCGUUCCAAAAUAUAAUCUACAUAUUCUACCUUAUUUUUUUAAAAAAUUAAUCCUCUAGAUUUUAGCUUUGUUAGAAAACCGGGGCGAGGAUAGGGAGAGGAAGGUAAUUUUGUAAAUGACUAAUAAUAAUGGGAGAAAGAGAGAUAGUUUUGAAGAAAAUUUUGGGUGGGAAGGGUAUAGGUGGUAAUUGGACUUCUUUUUUUUUUUUUUUUUUUUUUUUUUUUUUUUUUUUUUUUUUUUGGUUUUUUUGGUUCUAUAAUCGGGUAAAUUUUUGUUGGGUGUUUUUUGUACAUAAGUGAUAAAAGAGAGAAAGCAAUGUGUUUCUCCAUGGGAAGAAGGGGUAUAGCCUUGCAAGUGUAAUUUGCUGUUUUUUUUAAUAUUGGAGACUUUAAAUUCUUGGCAAAGUGAAUUAAAUUAUUCACUCUUGAUUCUUUC